GGAAGGAGGCAUGUGAAUGUGCUCACGGGAACGGUGACGAAAAAAAACUAACCUCUUGGCUCCAAUUAUUCGCAGAACCCCAAUUAAGCUUCUCCAGCUUUCUCCAGGCCACGUUUAUUAAAUAGGCCUUAUUAGCUUGAUGGCUAACGUUACCGUUACCAACCAACUUUUUUAUAUCACCAUAUCGUCAAUUGUUUUUCUACGUUCUGUAGUUUUGCGCUUCACUGUAACUGAGAGCUAUGGCACCAUUCGAAGCGCCCACGACCAAGCUGGUCGACCUCGGCCAGACAAGCUUGUUUAUUUCCGCGGCAUCCAUUGCAUUUAAUCCACUAUUUUGGAACAUUGUAGCUCGACAAGAAUACCACAAUAAAGUACUUACCAGGCUCUUCGGCGGUCGUUCGCAAGUAGCAUGCUACGGCUUGGCCUUCACGAUCUUCACCCUUGGUCUUCUCCGCGACUUCCUUUACGAGCGCGCCUUGCACGAACAACCAUCCUACCCACUUCUCGAGCUAGACGAAGUCAAAUACGCCGGAUAUGCACUCAUCGCAGUCGGCAACAUCCUCGUGGUGACCUCAACCUGGGCUCUUGGCAUCACUGGCACCUUCCUCGGAGACUACUUCGGCAUCCUGAUGGAUGAUAUCGUGACAGGGUUCCCGUUCAGCGUCACGGACGCACCCAUGUACAACGGCGCGACAUGCAGCUUCCUCGGCGUCGCUCUUAUGUACGGAAAGCCGGCCGGUAUCCUGUUGACUGCCUGGGUCUUCUUCGUCUACCAGGUCGCUCUCAAGUACGAGAAUCCAUUUACGGCAGAGAUAUAUGCCAAGAGAGAGAGGGAGCGCGCUGUUGCAGGAGGAGUCGAGGGCAAGAAGUUGCAAUGAUCGGCGAGCGGCUGCCCGGUUAUGUAUGUAGCGUUCCGGACGUACGCACAGUUCUCUCUACCUACCCACGCGCUCCACCGAGC